AUGAAACAAGUCGCCCUCCUUUAUACCCUCGCCAGCCCAGCGCUGGUUAGCUACAGCAUCGAGUUCUCGAGCUUCCCAGAGUUUGCAGACAUACUGUUGGACAAUAUCGCGCGCAUCAUCGGGCACAAGCCCUACAUCCGCGUUGGCGGAAACACCCAGGACUAUGCUCUCUAUGACGCUUCCCUACCAUACGCUCUCAAUGGCACCUUUGACCCGGCACGGUCCGAGGACUACCCAACCACUAUCACCAUUGGGCCGUCUUAUUUUGAGGCAUACAACACUUGGAAAGACGUCAAAUACUACCAUGGAUUUAACCUUGGUUUGGGGGGGAAUAGGUCGAGCGGGUGGCAAACUCUGCUCGAUACUGUGCCAUUGGCCUGCAGAGCCCUGAGUGGCGGGAAGCUAUAUGUCUGGGGAUACGGCAACGAGCCAGACCUGUAUUCGACCUCGGCCCAGGGGCCUGUGAGGCCGUCUGACUGGAGCGAGGAUGCUUACGUCUCCCAAUGGCACAAUGGCACCAGGCAGAUCAAGGCCCUCAUUGAGGAGCAUUGCCCUGAGAUGGCGGACGAGGAUAGUUACGGCUACAUGGCGCCCUCGUUCGCUGGCGUCGGCAACCAUCUGAAAGCCGAGGCAGCAUGGGCGGCCGGGCUCAACGACGACAAGAAUGUCAAGCUAUUCUCAACCCACAACUAUAUCAGCGGCGCCGAAACCCCCGGGGUGACACUCCAGGGGACACUCAUGAACCACGCCGUAACCAAGCGUUCCGUCGACGCGCACAUCGAGGAGUACAACAAGAUGCUCUCGCAGUCCACCGACCCCGUUCCGCCGCUCAUCUUCGGCGAGACCAACUCCCUCUACAACCAAGGCCGCCCGGGUCUGUCCAACACCUUCGGUGCCGCCCUCUGGGGCCUCGACUUCAACCUCUACGCGGCGUCAGUCGGCUUCAAGCGCGUGCACAUGCACAUGGGGACCAACUAUCGCUACGCCGCCUGGCAGCCCAUCCCCACCACCCUCACCACCAUCGGCACCAAAGCGCCCUACUACGGCUCCAUCGCCGUCGCCGCCGCCCUCGGCCCCACCCCCGCCACAGUCGUCGAAAUCCCCCUCACCACCACCACCCCCAACCCCUCCUCCCCCAACCUCACCCCAGAAUCCGCCUACGCCAUCUACACCGCCCACGGCACCCAUCUCACCCGCCUCAUCAUCCUCAACCUGCACACUCACAACACCACCGUCGACGGCGCCGGCCUGACCCCCCUGCCCCACCCCCCCACCACGCCGCGCAACACCACCGAAUACACCUUCCGCCUCCCCUCCUCUUCCUUCCCCGAGGGAACGCUGGUGGGAGUGCGGCGGCUGAUGGCGAACGGCAGCGACGCGAUCACGGGGAUCAGCUGGGACGGGUGGAGCUAUAAUUACGAGCUGGAUGGCGGGCGGCCGGCGAGGUUGGGGAAUGUGACGGUGGGGGAGACGGUGGUUGUGGGCGAGGGCGGGGUGGUGAGGGUGGGGGUGCCGGAUGCGAGUGCGGUGGUGGUGGAUUUGGAUUUGGAUUUGGGUUUGGGUUUGGGUUUGGAUUUGGGUUUGGGUUUGGGUUUGGAUGGGGGUGUUGGGGAGGGGGGAGGGGGGAUGUGA